UCACUGCUAAACCACACCUCCUCACUUACUCACGCAUCAACAUGGCGACGUGCAGGAAGAUGGGGCGAAGCUGGAGAAAUAUUUGUGCUCUUUCUCUGGUUAUUUUCCUCCAGCUGCUGGUCAGCGGCUGCCUGUCAGCUCCGGUAUCUAAUGCUACCACUUUGGGAGCGGGUCAAGGGACAAACGCGUCUGAAAAUCUUCCUUUGACCACCGUGGAUGGAGGUGAGACAAGUCCGCAGCCAGGUGAGACAAGUCCGCAGCCAGGUGAGACAAGUCCGCAGCCAGGUGAGACAAGGCUGCAGCCAAAUGACACACAGUCGUCGCGUGGUUUGACAAACCUGUCACCAAAUGUGACAAAGCCAGUGUUGGCACUUGAAGAGAGUCCAGCAACUUCACCAGGUCCCAAGAAUCCUACAACACCCUCUGGCAGUGACUCCACAACUGUAAAAGCAGCGACUCGUGAAGACAACCACACAACAGCCAUUCAACCAAAAACGUCUGAAGGGAGUCAGGCUAAAACUCAAGUCACCAUCAUUGGUACCUCUGAGAAUAACACGGAGGAGGAAUCUGUCAGCAAGGUGAAUCCAAAACCAGACAUUGCUGGGACAACAGAUGAACCUGCUGCUUCUGAAAACACGCCAGCUACUCCAGAAGCUCCCACCACCUCCCUCAAAACCCCCGAACCAACCAAACCUGUAACGGAUGAGCCAGAGCCAGAAACACCUGGUUCUGACUCCGGACCCUCCAACGCACAGAAUCCGUCCACGCAGGACAUGGAUCCAGACCUGCUGCAGACUGGUGACAAAGAGGAAGGCCUUGAAUACUCAGAUGAUGACGAGGGCUACACAGAUGUUGACGACAGUGACGAAUAUGAUCGCAGCAACGACAGGAAAGACCAGCCCGAGGUGAGGCAGCGGCAGCCAGACAUGAUGGACGGGAUCCAUUCGAACGCGGUCGACAGCUACAACACAGAGGACGAGGACUCCCACUUCUUCUUUCAUCUGGUCAUCCUGGCUUUCCUGGUGGCCAUCGUCUACAUCACCUAUCACAACAAGAGGAAGAUCUUCCUCCUUGCUCAGAGCCGUCGCUGGAAGGACAGCCUGUGUUCCCGCAACACCGUGGAGUAUCACCGCCUGGACCAGAACGUCAACGAGGCCAUGCCGUCCCUCAAGAUGACCAGAGAUUACAUUUUUUAAUCCACGUUCAGAAGAACAAUAUGUCCAGACGCGGACUGAGCCAGUUGGCCUUCCUGCCUGGCCGGUCGCAUUGUCGAGAUGCUGUGCUUUGUCGUGGAGCUUGAUUGACGCUUUCUCUUGCUUUACAGGCCAAUUGGAGAGCAGGGGGUGUUCUGUCUUUGAGAUAGAAUUAUGUUUGUUCAAUACCUCUUUGUCUCCGCGUAGAGAGAUUUUAUAUCUGUUAUUCCUAUUUGUUAUAUAAUUUUAAUGUUAUUUGUCAUAUUGUUUCUAAAUUAAUAACUUCUUGGAAUAAUAUUUUGGUUUAUUAGAGGUAUUAUCUGUUUUUUGGGUAUUUCAGCCUUAUGGUCCUUCUACGCCUGCUUAUGUUUUCCCUCUUACAUACUGUCUUAAUAUGUUCAAUACUCACUGUAAGAGCAGGAAGAAUUACAUGUAAAUGUAACUUUUAGGUCUAUAAUAUAAUGCUUAAUUACGGUAUAUCAGUUCAUUGUUUACCCCAAGGUUAUUGUAACAUUUGUCUCUCAGCAGUUGGCCAAGAUACGAAUUGUCACACAAAGCAUUUGCUUUUCAAAGCAUUUGUGGUAAAUGUGCAAGUAUGCAAACAAAGCAGCAAUCUGGAGAAGAUGAUUCAUAUAUAUAUAUAUAUAUAUAUAUAUAUAUAUAUAUAUGCAGUCAUUCAAAAAACUGUAAGUAAAUUACUGUACACUAUAAAUAAUGACAUUUGAUUUAAAUACAUAAAGUUGAUAGAUUCCUUAGUGUUUCAUUCAUCAUUUUUUUCAACUGGUUCAUUAUCACCUAUCAUUUCUGUUACUUUUACAGAAAUGCAUAAUAACCUUUUUUAUUUUGUUUUUAUAUUAUUUGAGGGAUGUAAAAUCUCUAUUAAAUGUUGGAAGCAUCAUGUCAAGGAGGGUGAAUACUCUUCAGGUGAGGGGUCUGCUCAUGUGCUUAAGCCAUUUAAACGAAGACAGAUGCUGUAUAUUGUUCAGGUUUGAAUUGGAAUGUAAUAAUAUAAUGUAUGGGAGAAGCUUUUAUUGCCAGACUUUUUCCUUGUUUCAUCAGUUUAUAUUUAACUUGACUAAUACGAUACCUUGUCUACUUCUUUCUACUGCCCAGAUUUUGCUAUGCAGAAAUCCUGGGGCUGGCCCUCUUUGUUUUAUGACUUCGGUGAAGUCUCUAUUAACCAUUUUAUGAUCUUCAUUGUGGCAAAAUGUAAUGGCUGUGUUCCCUCAUGCUCACUAAAACUUUUACUUUUCGGUUACCGCCUUGUCAGAGGCUUGAAGUCUUCAUCAGACAUUUUGCAUGCUCUGUGGCCUGAUGUUCACAUGACUACUGAAAAAUAAACGGACCACAAUUUUUUUUUUUUUUUUUGGUCAGUCACAGCUCUUUCCUGUUCAUCACAGCCACAUGUUGUUUAUUUGUUAAUGCUGCCGUCUCAUGCCUUUUAUUGAAAUGCCGUUAUUGCCACAUGAUUUCACAUUUUUGUUCAAUCUCUUCUCGCCCUCUGCCAGUUGUCUUCAGCUGUCUUUUCCAUUUACAAGAUACACAGUGGGUAGAUAAAUAAUGCGAUUUGCACUGCGCUGUUCAGUCAUACUAGCUAGAAUAUGAUGGGAGGGGGUGUCCUGUGUAGAGGUGCUGGAUCAACACUGCUCUUGCAAUCAACAGUAGAAACUGUACAAUCUGUUUUUUUGUCAAUAAAGCACAAAUUGCGUAAGGA